UGAGUCGUGACGACCUUGCGGUACAAAUCUGGCGAUAACUUUUGUUUUAUCAAUCCUAACUGUGAUCCGAGGGAAGAUGAAACUGAGCCAAAUAGCACGAGUAGGCCUGCGGGCCAUGUCUACCUCUGCAAAGCCAGCACCUUCAGCCGGGGUAGCAUCCACACAGGGCUACAACUUUACCCUUACAGAGGAACAAAAAGAGUUUCAACAAAUGGCAAGAAAAUUUGCAAGGGAAGAGAUAUUACCCAAAGCUGCCUACCAUGACAAAACAGGAGAGUAUCCUGCAGAGAUCUUAGACAAAGCUUGGAACCUUGGUUUGUUAAACACACAUAUACCAGCAGAAUAUGGUGGGUUAGGUCUAGGGACAUUUGAUGGCUGCAUGUUAGCAGAAGAAUUAGCAUAUGCCUGUACUGGAAUAGCAACUGCAAUAGAGGCCAAUACUCUUGGUGAAAUGCCUGUUAUCCUUGCUGGAACUGAUGCUCAAAAGAAGAAAUAUCUCGGGAGAAUGUUAGAAGAGCGUCUUAUGUGUGCAUAUGGUGUAACUGAACCAGGUGCUGGCUCUGACGUAGCAGGAAUCAAAACCAGAGCUGUGAAAAAAGGUGAUGAAUACAUCCUUAAUGGACAGAAAAUGUGGAUAACAAAUGGUGGAGUUGCCAACUGGUAUUUUGUCUUAGCUAGAACAGAUAAUGAUCCCAAAUGCCCAGCUGGUAAGGCGUUCACCGGGUUCAUAGUUGAUGCUGACUCACCAGGGGUCACAAAAGGCCGAAAGGAGAUUAAUAUGGGUCAGAGAGCCUCAGACACAAGGGGUAUCACAUUUGAAGAUGUAGUGGUCCCAGCUGAGAAUGUCCUGGGUCAGGAAGGAAUGGGCUUCAAGAUAGCUAUGGGUGCAUUUGACAAGACACGACCCCCUGUAGCUGCUGGUGCUGUAGGACUUGCGCAAAGGUGUCUAGAUGAAGCUACCAAAUACUCAAUGGAGAGGAAAACCAUGGGCAAAUACAUUUGCGAGCAUCAAGCUGUUGCAUUCAUGCUAGCUGACAUGGCAAUAGGCAUUGAAUCCACAAGGCUUGUGAUGCAGAGAUCCGCCUGGGAAGUGGACCAGGGACGUCGUAAUACAUACUACGCUUCAAUUGGAAAGUGUCUUGGAGGUGAUGUUGCCAAUAAAUGUGCAACUGAUGCAGUGCAGAUAUUUGGAGGCAAUGGGUUCAACACUGAAUACCCAGUUGAGAAACUUAUGAGAGAUGCAAAAAUAUACCAGAUUUAUGAAGGAACUGCCCAGAUUCAGCGAAUGAUCGUAUCAAGAGAAAUCCUAGCCACAGCCAAGCAAAUGGCUGGCUAUUGAUAAAACCAGGAAACAUGGGAACUCAACACCUCCAUUGGUUAUUACAGAAGAAUAAACAACAGACAUUCCACUCAGCCUCAAAAUGGAAAAUUCACUAGAUACACUCAGCCAGUUUUUUUACACCCAGACAGUUGUAAUAAGCACAUAUUCUUUGUGGAACUUCAAUUUCAAGGACAAAGAAGGAUAUCAAAUUAUCAAAACUGAACAGUAAUUUUAUGCUUCACAUUUGCAAUUUUCACCUUACAUCCUCUAUAGCAGAGACUCACUUUUAAGUUCUUGUGUAUUAAUCAAUGUAGUGUGGUGCAAAGUAUUAUACAAGUCUCUCAAUAGGUUUGUAGAAAUGAUAUUAUAAUUAUAUUUGGGGAAAUUCUAUAUUUCUAACUAUACUGUUUAGUAGAUUACAAUUAAAAGCGAUUGUAAAUAUUUAUAAUCUUUUUGUUAAUAGCUGCCUAUAUUUAUUCAUAACAUAUGAUUUUCAUAAUUGUUGUUUAGGUUUACAGCUAUACUAAUUGCAAAGAACAAUGCAACUGUUUUGUUUUGUAAAUGUAUACACUUACCAUAUUACAGUAUUAUGCCUCAGUCACAUUUGAUCUAUUAGGCAACCAUAACAUAGCCAUAGCUUCCGUAGCAUAAAAUAUAUGGAUAAGGGAUAUUAUGUAGAUUUUCUAUAUCAAUUUUGUGAAGCUA